AUGGCGUUCGCGCAGCUUAUCCCUUCGCCUUCUUCCUCUUUACCUCACAAACCCUCCUUAAACCCAUUCACACUCUCCCUAAACCCUAAAUUCCCAACCACACCACUCCACCAUCUCAAUCUCGCCACUCUCCGCCACCGGUACCGGAAGCCCAAUUCCACCUUCCGUUGCUCCGCCUCCUCCUUCUCCGAGAAGCACCACACGAACUCUCCCAAUUCCGACGAUGUCGUCGAGCUUCCACUCUUCCCUCUCCCUCUGGUUCUCUUCCCCGGCGCCAUCCUCCCCUUGCAGAUCUUCGAGUUCCGCUACCGCAUCAUGAUGCACACGCUCCUCCACACCGACCUUCGCUUCGGGGUCAUCUAUACCGAUGCCGUCUCCGGAACUGCCGCCGUUGGCUGCGUUGGCGAAGUCAUAAAGCACGAGCGCCUCGUCGACGACCGUUUUUUCCUCAUCUGCAAGGGCCAGGAGCGGUUCCGCGUAAACAGUUUGGUCCGCACGAAACCCUACCUGGUCGCGCAGGUGACGUGGCUCGAGGACCGGCCAUCUCCCUCCACAGACCUCGAUCUGGACGGUCUCGCCGCUGAGGUUGAGACCUACAUGAAGGACGUUAUCCGGUUAUCGAACCGGUUGGGAGGGAAACCGGAGAAGGAGGUUGGGGAGUUGAGACGAAACCUGUUUCCGACGCCGUUCUCGUUCUUCGUUGGGAGCACCUUCGAGGGUGCGCCUAGGGAGCAACAAGCGCUGCUUGAAUUGGAGGACACCGCCGCCAGAUUGCAGAGGGAGAAGGAAACGUUGAAGAACACGCUUAAUUAUCUCACUGCUGCUUCUGCUGUUAAAGACGUUUUUCCCUCUUCUUCGAAUUCUUCUUGA